AUGAGACGAGCCGUCAGUAGUGCCUAUGUAUUAACAGGAGUAGUUGGUGGCGUCACCGAUGCAGUCAAACAUAUUUGUAAAGUUAUUGGUCAUCUAUCCGUCGGAUUCAUAUCGUUGUAUGGCGAAAUGACGGAUAUUCUUAGUCGUGUUCCAUCAUUAUAUGAUCCAUACAGUAAAUUGGAUGUACAUGAACGACCAUGUGUGACUGAUUUCAAAUCUGGUGUUAAAGCUGCAGGUCUUUCGAUUAAGCACGGUUGGAAAGAUGGUAUAACCGGAAAACCACGUGUAGGUUACCGUCGCCAUGGAAUAUUAGGCGGUGAAACUGGAGCAUUAGUAGCUACUGCUAAUGGUUUUGUAAAACCUCUUGUAGGUUCACUCACCUUAGUUACUUGGCUAGGUCGUGGUAUGUAUGCUAGUAUGCAGAAGAAGAACAAUAACAAAAAGAAUGGAGCAAAUGAUGAGCACAUUAAAAUCAAUAAACUUUCUGUACGGUCUACAUUUUCAUCAUCUGAUAUCGAUCAACAAGAAUCACAUGAUGAUAAUAAUGAAGUUUCAAGAAUUAUUAAGUUUGCAUCAGUUGUUUCAGGUUAUGCUGUUGAAGUUUGUCAACAAAUUUUAGAUGAAUUUGAUAAAGUUAAAAAACAUCAGGAACAAAUUACUGAAUUGUCAUUAAAUCAAACUCAAAAGCAUCGACGUAGACGUCUAUUUCAACGACACCGAAGUUAUUCAGAUUCUGUCAUUUAA